AUGAUUUCUAAACUUCACUUGAGAGCCACGCCGCACCCAAAUCCCUAUAAGGUCGCUUGGAUCAACCUGACCUCCUUAGAAGCGAAAGAUAGGAGUCUCAUUCCUAUUGAGUUUGUGGGAUACAAAGAGAAGAUAUGGUGUGAUGUGUUAACUAUGGAUAUUGGCCAAAUCAUCCUCGGUCGCCCCUGGUUAUUCGAUAACGACGUGCACAUUUAUGGGAGAUCAAACGCCUACGUGUUUGAGCACAAGGGCAAGAAUAUUAAGCUCUUACCCACGCAACCCAAGACUGUCAAGGAAGAGGUAAAACCCAACCCCCUCAAACCUAGUACGAGCCUAAACCUGUUAACCGCCAAGGACCUGGAUAUAGAAUUAGAGUCAGGAUCACCUCUAUACGCCUUGGUGGCGCGAGAAGUAAGUACAGACUUGGAGGAACCUAUCCCUGAAGAAGUUAAGCCUCUCCUUGAAACCUACUCUGACGUCUUCCCAUAA